CGGGGCGAGGGUGUUUGGGUCGCUGGGAUUAGACAGUUGGCAGCCCUCGGCCGCCUUGCCCCCUCCCCCCGCGCUGAAGGCACGAAGAGCUCCCGGGAGCCCGGCCCGCCCCGGGGCCCCUAGGAACCCAUCGGCUCCGCUCCGUGUCCCCGGGGGGCCGGAAAGCGGCAACCCCACCGGAAGCGGCGCCAUGGCGCACAGCGAGACGGAGCCGCCGGCGGAGGAGCCCCUGCGCCGCUGGGACCGGGAGCAGGCCCAGCUAAAGGCGAAUGUGAUUGAGGAGGACACUGAGGAGUGGCAGAAAGAUUCCACCUUUGCAGGACUGGAGAGAGUGGGAGGGGUGGACCUGUCUUAUGUCAAAGGGAACGACACAAUCGCUUGCGCUUCCCUGGUGGUUCUCAGCUACCCAGAUCUUGAGGUGCUAUAUGAGGACUGUCAGAUGGUAACCGUGAGCGCCCCCUAUGUGGCAGGAUACUUAGCUUUUCGAGAGGCCCCUUUCCUGGUGGAAGCUGCUCAGAGACUUCAGGAGCAAGAGCCUGGGCUCAGGCCUCAGGUGCUGCUCGUAGAUGGGAAUGGCGUGCUCCAUCACAGAGGGUUUGGGGUAGCCUGCCACCUGGGAGUGCUGACGGGCCUGCCCUGUAUUGGUGUGGCCAAAAACCUCCUGCAGAUUGAUGGCCUGGCCAAGGAUGAGCUGCACAAGGAGCAGAUCCGCGACCUGCAGAUGGGAGGAGCUGUGUUCCCUCUGAGGGGCACCUCGGGGAGAGUCCUGGGCAUGGCCCUGCGCAGCUACAACAAGAGCACGAAGCCCAUCUAUGUCUCCGUAGGCCACAGGACGUGCCUGGAGUCAGCAGUGCGCCUGGUCCAGUCCUGCUGUAGGUACCGGAUCCCAGAGCCCAUCCGACAGGCUGACAUCAGAUCCAGAGAGUACAUCCGGAAGCACCUGUCCUCCCCACUGGGGGGCACGUCUCCUGGGCCAGGGAGGAAGGAAGAAGCGGAGCCCAAGCAUUAAUUUGGCACUAGGAAGAAACUGUCCAACCCCAGUGUGAACUUGAGCCCCUCUGGGAUCAGAGCUCCGAGACCUCCUUUCCAGCAAGCCUUUACAGGGCACCGUGACUAACCAUCCACGCCAGGAACUCAGGGUAAUUCAUGGGGCGAAAAGCCAGGAUGACCAGAGAGAAACCAGGAGACUGUGUCCCCCUGGGCUCUGCUAAUGGGGCAGGAGCCCCAGCCUUUGAUGGUUUGUAAAUUCUAGAGAAUAUUUUAUAUUCCAAUUUUGAAAACACACGCUGUAAAAAUAAAUUCUCACCAGCACUCGUACACUAA